CUGCAUAAGCUUGGCCCCUUCUCUUUACCUUCAUCAUCUUCUCAAAUGCUCUGAAACGUUUUGGUUGCCUGUGCAUCUCUCAUCUCUCUCACAGAAAUGAAUCUCCUGGGCAUUACUGUAGUUCUGGGACUACUGGCGGGGGUCUGGGCUCAGAUCAAUGUUGUAAGACCUCAGUGUGACUCCCCUGAGGCAGAGGAGGCUGCUCAGGUGGCUCGGGAUUACCUCAAUACCCAGCACACUCAUGGCUACAAGUAUGCACUGAACAGGAUUGAGGACAUCAAGAUCUAUACUAAGCCUGAUGGAGACAUGUAUGUGCUGGAAAUUGACCUGCUGGAGACUGACUGUCAUGUGUUGGAUCCCACACCUCUUGCCAACUGCACAGUCAGGCCAAAAAUAUUAACGGCAGUAGAAGGCGACUGUGAUGUGGUGCUGAAGAGGGUCAGUGGAGCUCUGACUGUCACAGCUUUCAAGUGUAAAACAGAAGAAUCAACAGAGGACUUCUGUGUGGGCUGUUAUACCCUCCUUCCCCUGAAUGACACCACAGCACUGGAGUUUGUCCAAGCUUCUCUGGCAACCUUCAAUAACAUGACUGUGAAUGGAACAUUCACCGUUAUGGAGGUUGGAAGGAUGUCAUCACAGGUUGUGUCUGGUGGGCCAAUUUAUUUUGCAGAAUAUAUUGUAGUUGAGGCUAAUUGCAUUGAUGAUGCCUGCGUGCCCCUGAAUGACACCAUGGCUGCACGUGGUAUUUGUACUGCCAGAGGUUUCAGCACGGAUCACACAGUGGACUGCAAGAUGUUUUUAACUGUGAUGCCUGUGGUAGAUGUCAACAGCACUGCAACUCUUGCCAUGUCACCAGCAGUCCACGCACACACAGGCAGCCUGUCACCCAUGCACGGUCUGAGGCACCACAAACUGACUACUCUCUACAACCCUCAUCUCAGUGGCCUUCUGUCUGAAUCAGCAGAGUCUGCUGAAGUUGUACCUGCAGGCCCUACAGUGACUGAUACUGUUGUAACUCCUGCACCUGCUGCAAAUCCUGAUCCACUUACGGACACUGGAUCAGCCUCCGAUUCCUCAGGCAGUGCUGAAGUCCCUGUUGUGUUAGUAAAGAGAGAUGUACCUGCCCCUGCAAUUGUUGACACUGUGACUCAAAAAGACCCCAUUGCUUUUGUGCCAGUGUUGUGCCCAGGAAGAGUCAGAUUCUUCUAGUGUUUAGGUCCAAAAGACCAUCUCAUUUAUGCUUCCUUCAGUCACACUGGCACAAGAGUAAUGUAUGGCUACAAUGAACAUGUCCUGUGUUAGGUAGAUGUAACAAAUAAUUCCUACAAACAAAUGAAAUUGU